AUGUCGCAAAUCAACACAAAAAGGUUGAGCCUAUGCAGUGAAAUGUUGAGUCCAACGAGGAAUAAAGUCAACAAAUACCAUUUGGAUGCCCAACAAUGGGAUUUCGCUAAGGAAGCAGAAGCUAUAUGCGCUGGUGUAGUUGACACGGUAAAGGCAAACAAAAAGGAGCAGCUAUGGCUUUCAAAUUCCAGGCAGAGAAGUGAAGAGGAGAAGAAAGGAGAUCGCAGAGAGAGAAUUGCUAUUAGGGACCCACAUAGCUGGGGUUAUGCAUAUUACAUGGGACAGUGUUACACGCGCCUAAGAAACAGCGAAGAGACCAGAUCAGACAUUCGAAAAACGCAAGAACCCAUAAGACCUUUCUUUGAAGAGACAAUUUUUACUCCAAACCUCGGACUUCGAGAUUACAGGUCAAAGAAAGAGCUAAACCAACACAGCACCACCAUGACCAGCAAAGAAAAGCUGGUGGUGGAGGUGGUAGCAGCUCACAACUUGAUGCCAAAAGAUGGAGAAGGCUCAUCCUCACCUUUUGUUGAGGUAGAGUUUGAGAACCAAAGGUUGAGAACUCAAGUCAAGUACAAAGACUUGAACCCUAUUUGGAACGAGAAGCUUGUGUUUCACAUCAAAGAUGUUGCCGAUCUUCCUUACAGAACUAUUGAGGUUAAUGUCUUCAAUGAGAGGAGGUCAAGCAACAGCAGGAGCUUUCUUGGGAAAGUUAGAGUUUCUGGUUCAAGUAUCGCUAAACAAGGCGAAGAGGAAGUGCAGUUACACACCCUUGAGAAAAGAAGCUUGUUUUCUCAUAUAAGAGGAGAGAUAAGUUUAAAGCUUUAUGUUUCUACUAGAGUGGAGGUUAAAGAAGUUGCGGGUUUUGAUAAUGAAGAGGUGGUUUCUGGUACUCCGGGUGCUGGUAAUUCUUUAAAGAAGAACAAAAAAAUGCAGCAGCAGCAUCCAGUUAUAUUGCAGCAACCGCAGCAUUUGACUCAAGAGGUAAUCAACAAUAACAAGCAAGCACAACAGCAAGGCCAGAACCAUAAUGCAAAGCCUGUUGAGCCAAAACCAGGCGAGAUUAAACCCGUCAUCAUCACCACUGGUCUUGGUCCUGUUUCUGGUUCUGGUGGGGGUAUUAUAGGCCCUGUUGGAGGUGUUGGUGUUGGUGGAGCUAGUUUGUAUUCAAAUGGGUCUAAUGAGUUCUCUCUUAAAGAGACAAGUCCACACCUUGGCGGGGGUCCUUUAAACAAAGAUAAAACUAGUUCAACUUAUGAUCUUGUCGAGCAAAUGCAGUAUCUUUAUGUGAGAGUUGUCAAGGCUAAAGAUACUGCGUUUUUUGGUGGUGGUGAACUAGUGGCUGAGGUAAAGUUAGGGAACUACAGGGGGGUUACUAAGAGGGUUAUUAGCUCAAGUAAUGUGGAAUGGGACCAAGUUUUUGCUUUCUCUAAAGAUUGCAUACAGUCAUCAAUGGUGGAGAUUUUUGUCAAACAAGGCAACAGAGAUGAUUUCUUGGGCCGUGUCUGGUUUGAUUUGAAUGAAGUUCCUAGAAGGGUACCACCUGACAGUCAAUUAGCACCACAGUGGUAUAGAAUGGAGGACAAGAAAGGGGACAAGUCAAAAGGUGGUGAGAUUAUGGUGUCUAUUUGGUUUGGGACUCAAGCUGAUGAGGCGUUUGCAGAGGCUUGGCAUUCAAAGGCAGCAAACGUGCAUUUUGAUGGGCUCUGCUCUAUCAAAUCCAAGGUUUAUCUUUCACCUAAGCUGUGGUAUUUAAGGGUGUCUGUUAUUGAAGCACAAGAUAUCGUUCCUGGGGAGAAGGGUUCGGGAAUGAUGAGGUUCCCCGAACUCUUUGUGAAAGUCCAGGUGGGCAACCAGAUUUUGAGGACUAAAAUAGCAGGGCCUAACCCCAACAGGAGUAUGACCAAUCCUUACUGGAAUGAGGAAUUGAUGUUUGUAGUUGCAGAGCCAUUUGAGGACUACUUGCUCAUUUCUGUCGAGGACCGAGUUGGACCGGGACGAGAGGAGGCUGUAGGCAGAGUUCUGCUUCCAGUGACUGCGAUUGAGAGGCGUCAUGAUGAAAAACAAGUCGUUUCUAGGUGGUUCAAUCUUGACAAUCAUUUUGGCAGUGCAGUUGAUUCCAAGCUUAUGACAAGAUUUGGGUCUAAAAUCCACCUCAGGCUGUCUCUGGAUGGGGGUUACCAUGUACUAGACGAGACCACCAUGUAUAGCAGCGAUGUUAGGCCAACUGCAAAACAAUUAUGGAAGCCUCACCUUGGUGUGCUUGAGAUGGGAAUUUUGGGUGCAACAGCACUGAUGCCAACAAAACUAAAGGAAGGGAAAAGGGAGUCUACAGAUGCUUACUGUGUUGCGAAGUAUGGUCAGAAAUGGGUGAGAACGCGCACGGUUGUUGAUAGUUUCUCACCAAAAUGGAACGAGCAGUACACUUGGGAAGUGUUUGAUCCUUGCACAGUCAUCACAGUUGGGGUCUUUGAUAACUGCCGAAUAGACAAGAAUGCCUUCAACAAUGCCGGUGCUCGUGAUCCUCGUAUUGGGAAGGUUAGAAUUCGAUUAUCAACCCUUGAAUCAGACAGGGUUUAUACUCAUUCUUAUCCUCUCCUUAUGCUUCACACUACUGGCAUCAAGAAGAUGGGUGAGCUUCAUUUAGCUGUUAGGUUUUCUUGUGCCAAUAUGGCCAAUAUGUUGCACAUGUACACAGUGCCACUGCUACCCAAGAUGCAUUAUGUGCAACCAUUGAGUGUGAAUCAACUGGAUGCCUUGAGGUAUCAAGCAAUGAAUGUGGUGGCAUCACGGCUCAGUCGAGCAGAGCCUCCACUGGGGCGAGAAGUGGUGGAGUACAUGCUUGAUCAUGAUUCACAUAUGUGGAGCAUGAGGAGAAGCAAGGCUAACUUUGCUAGAUUAAUAAGCGUGCUCUCUGCUCUCGUUGCCAUGGGUCGGUGGGUGGAAUCGAUGCGCAACUGGCACAAGCCAGUCUACUCAACCUUGUUUGUUCUAGUGUUCCUCUUGUUGGUUGCCAUGCCUGAGCUCAUUAUCCCUUCUUUGUUGCUCUACAUGGCAUUUAUGGGACUCUGGCGAUACAGAUCCCGACCACGCCACCCACCCCAUAUGGACACCAGGCUUUCUCAUGCGGAGAGUGUUUACCCUGAUGAAUUGGAUGAAGAAUUUGAUUCAUUUCCGACAAGUCGAAGUGCUGAGACAGUCAGGAUGAGGUAUGAUAGGCUGAGGAGCGUGGCAGGGAGGAUUCAAACUGUGGUUGGUGAUAUGGCUACUCAAGGUGAACGUUUCCAGGCAUUGUUAAGCUGGAGAGACCCAAGAGCCACUUUCUUGUUCGUGGUAAUGUGCUUGUUUGCUGCUGUUGGGUUCUAUGCUGUGCCCAUCAGGGUUGUGGUGGCUUUGUGGGGGCUUUAUAUGCUGAGGCCGCCCAGAUUCAGGAACAAGUUGCCUCCUAGGGCUUUAAGUUUCUUCAGAAGGUUGCCUACCAAGGCUGAUAGUUUGCUGUAG